AUGGUGGACAGCAAUAACUCUCAUGGAGGAAUACUUCGACAGCAAAGAAACGGAGUUCACGAUUCUGACUACUAUGUGGAGGUCACUGUAACAAAUCAAGCAUUGAUAACAACCAAACUGGACUUUAAGGUUACAAUAGACAUUAGUCCUCCCUCAUACUGGCGUUGUCCACGAUGGUCACGGAAACCCUUUUCCACAUCCGCCUCCUGGACAGCGCCCACUGUCGGCAAGUAUCACGUGACAGUGGUGGCCUUCAACCGAGCACUGGAAGCAUCUGACCCAGUGUGUUCUGACGGAGUGACUGUAGACACAACACCACCCAGUGUCAGUGAGGUGGCAGUGAGAGACUCCAGGGUGAUGGAGGGGCUGGUCAAGUCAUCAGAUAACGUUGUGUGGUUCAUCGACGCCCACAGGAGACGUGCCCAGGUGGUCAGUCCAGAUGACAGUUGCAGGUCCAUGGCCACGCCAGUAGAUGACGAGAGAUUGUCCUUGUUUCCAAUACAUCGUUACAUCAACGGAAGUAGGAUACAUAUGUGCACCGAUGGUUGUGGAUCCCUAGUCAGUAUGCCUCCCACCUUCAUCACGUCUCUAUACGUCUGCAGGGAACAUCACCUCUUCGUAAACUGGACUGGCAGUGACACUGAGAGUGGUAUCUAUGACUACGAGCUUGGGAUGAUGUCAGAUCCUUCUGGUGAAGCAGCUCCAGAUAUCCUGCCCUACACGUCCACUCAUCAUCAUCCUCAGUAUCAGGGCUACCAUCCCCGUCUCAGUGAGGGGCAACAGUUCUACAUCGCCAUCAAGGCCAUCAACAAAGCUGGCAUCUCAGCUUCAAAGGUUGUGGGCCCUGUAAAUGUACAUACCUUGUACCCUGGAUUUUCUGGAUCGAUCAAUGUUAUGUUGGAAAGUAACGUUCUGGUUGCCCGAUGGAAUAAGGCCUUCACAGAUCCCGUGUUACGGUAUCUCAAGUACGAAGUCUCUGUGAGCGGUCAGUCGACAAUAAUCCCAUUCAGGAGGCUGCAGUCAGGAGGAGGUUGUACUCUGAUGUCGCCACCCACGUGUACAGCUGUCGCCCUCACAGGCCUCCACUGGGACCUCCAUCACAGCCACACCUACUUUGUGUCAGUCAGAGUCACCAACAUAGUAGGACUGUCUACAAUAGCGCUGUCUGAACCCUACGUCCAUGGCGUCAUGUCGCCGUUACGUGGUGUAGUGGAAGACGUUAUUCCAGCUGGAGAAGGAUCUUUGCUCGAAAUAGAUGGUAUUCAGGACACAGACCAGCAAAUCUCAACAGGUUCCCUAACGGCCAGAUGGCAUGGAUUCGUCAGUGAGUCUAUGACCGCAACAUACAAAGUCGGGAUUGGAUCUCAACCUCGUACAUCAGACGUCAGGAAUUUCAUAGACGUUGGCAAGGUCUCGCAACAUGAGUUUAUUGGCCUGAAUUUGCAAGAAAACCAGAAGUAUUUUGUGACUGUCGUGGCUGUUACUGGAGGAGGAGAGAUGACCGUGUCCUCUGACGGUGUGACGGUCAUCAGGCCAAACGCUGCAGUCACAGAUGUCACUAUCAGAGAUGGACCAGGGUGCAGGGAUUCUGAACAAGGUCAUGAUGUCACGGCGACAAUCAAGAUGGAUUGUUCUCGUGAUCUGCAAUUUCAAGCCUCUACUUCAACAUAUGCAGCCCACUGGAUCAGGAAUACCAGCACUACUCUGGGCUACCCGGAUGUACACUGGGGGCUGCAAGCACAAUUACCCAAUUCAGAUAUCUGGAACACCUGGAGAGAUUUCGAGACCCUUGGGUCGACUGAGAGGCUCAUAGUUGGGGACUUAGCUUUAGAACCUGGACGAACCUUCAGGGCUGCAGUCAAGUUCUGUGCUGGUAAAGUCUGUACCAAGCCCACCCAUAGUGACGGUGUGACUAUCAUACCCCAUCCCCCAGCAGCUGGAAGCAUGGCAUUAACAUACCAGGAAUCUGACGGGGGACAGGCUCAGAUCCAAGUUAAGAUGUCCCGGUUCCGUGAUCCUGAUAUACCGAUUCUGUCAGAAGCCUAUGACGUCAUGACAAGAUAUGAAUGGGGUCUCACAGAUAACAGUCACAACAGCAAGAUGUUGAUCAACUGGCAAGAGGUGGAUGCUGACAGUAUUGUCAGUAUCAAAGACGAGACACGUUUUCAGAUAUUUCUUCCGAAGCAGCUCGACUUUACCAAGUGCAGAAGACUGACGGUCAGGGGUUACAAUGUAGUUGGCAUGUAUUCGGCAACUUCAGCAGAUGUCAAAGACUGUAAUGCCUAUGACCCACGUAACGUUGUGCCUGCAGUCGUGGUAGAUGUUGUUGGCACAGCCAAAGGACCACACCUGGGAUAUAGCAUCAGUUUAGAUCAGAACAGUCACUGGAAACACGAUGAUGCUGACUACACUCCCUACAAGAACAUCCUGUCUGCUGUGUGGCCGACUCUACGUCACAGGAACUACACGUGGGCAGUGGUGGCAGGUGACCAGUUAGUCCCCUCAUCUCACUACAAGAGAGAGACUCUGAUGACCGUCAGUGACCCCUGUAACGUGCCCGAUGUCAUCAAGUGUGGACACAUUGUUCACGAGUUCCUCAACGUAGAAUUCACCCAAGAGGAAUACCUACAUCAUGGCAGGAGAUUUUAUGUGUGCAUCCACGCUGAUGAGAAGAAUACAGCGUUCGAGAAGUGGACGACCCAGCUGGCUGAAGUGAACGUCUGUAGUGAUGGCAUCGCAGUCGACCUCACGCCACCGACACCAGGGACGGUGAACAUCGAAGGACUCACAGACGGAUUUUUUCAGAUUAGCAGAACAGAGGUUUCCCUGAAAUGGACAGACUUCACUGACAUCGAAGAAGAGAUACAGAUGCUUCAUCUGAGUGGCAUUUCACAUUAUGAGGUAGCCCUAGGAUCUGUUUCUGGGGGACAAGAUGUGGUCAAGUUCACCAAUGUUGGAUCUGUCGACCAUUACACGCUCCAUAGUCUUCAUCUACAUACUGGAAAUACAUACUAUGCCUCAGUGAAAGCCACAGAUUUCGUCAACAUGACAACAGUGGCUGUGUCAGAAGGUUUCCUUGUGGACUCCACAGCUCCAGUCUUGACUGGCCAGCUUCUACAGCUGGAGGGACGCUACAUCACAUCACGUGUGCUGCAUGUCUGCUGGACCAACGUGUUCUUAGACGAGGAGAGUGGAAUUAGAGAAUACAUGGUUUCCAUGGGUACCAGACCUGCGUAUGCUGACGUGUCAGAGAACGUGAUCACUGACCACGAUUGCUUGGAGGUUGAUACGUCAAAUGUGGAGGAUGGACAUUCAUACUAUAUUUCUGUGAAGGCCGUCAACGGUGCAGGUCUGUACACACUGUCCUCAUCACGACCUCUGGUUGUGGACACCACGCCACCAUCAACUGGCCACGUCUAUGACGGAGUACAGUCAGCUGCCUCACACGAUGACAAAGACAAGGACUAUAUCACCAGUGCCUCAGAGAUGGGAGCCUACUGGGAAGCCUUCGACGAGCCUCAUUCAAGUGUCGCUAUGUACAAGGUCAAGGUCGGGACCUGCAAAGGGUGUGACGACAAACUGGAAGAGAUAGAGUUUGGAAAUUCAAAAAAUAUCAGCCUCCAGCACAUCUUGCUCUCCCCAGGAGUGAAGUACUUCACCACAGUGACAGCCUGUAACACAGCAGGCCUCUGCAGCAGCUCCUCAACCUCAGACGGUGUGAUCCUGGACAGCUCUCCACCAGUUCCUGGAACAGUGCAGGAUGGCACAGGCGACAUGGAUAUACAGUUCCAGGCGACGAGGACAUUUAUGGGAUGCAAAUGGCGAGGCUUCCAUGAUCCUGAAUCUGGUUUAGACCACUAUGAAUGGCGUGUAGGAACAACACCAGGAGGUGAUGAGAUUCUGGCAGCCAGGAAUGCAGCCCUGGAGGAGGUCAUCUUCCACAUCUUCCCACGUGACCAACAGCUGCCAGUUGGGCAGAUGAUCUACAGUACUGUCCGAGCGUUCACCAAAGGAGGAUUGCAUUCGGAAACGACGUCCAAUGGAAUUACGAUAGACAACAGCGGACCUGUUGUUGUGACCACACCGACGGCGAGAGACGGGAUUUCUUCCGUUGUUGCUAACACUACAAUCAGUCGGACAGCUCUGAGUUUACACUGGAAGUUCCACGACGUUGAGUCCUCCAUAGAACGCCAGUACCUCUCCUUAUCAUCUCACCAGCUUGGAGAGAUAGAUAGUUCUAAUCUUAAAAUUCCAGGUUAUAUUCGAAAAUACACAUACACAAAUCUGGACUUGCAUGAUGGAAGUAAAUACAAGGUGAAGGUCACAGCUUGCAACAUGGCGGGCCUCUGUACAUCAGCAGCUACAGGGGACAUUUUGGUUGACAGCUCUAAACCCAAAACAGGAUCCUUCUCCAUAGAAACCGACCACGCAGUGAAACUUCCACGACAUCAAACUGGAUGGAUGACUUGGAACAGUACAAAUCUAAACCUAGCGUGGCUUGGCUUCUCUGACCUACAUUCUGGAAUACAACAUUAUCUUGUAUCAGUGGGGUCUCGAGAAUUCGGAACUGAGUACAAUAAAGGCAGUGGACUAACGGAGGUCUCCCACGAAGCAGCCGGAGUUGACAAGGGUGACGAGGGAGUUCUCCAGACCUUCAGUGUGCCCACCAAGACUCUGCCACAUGAUGGGACUGUGUUUGUAGCUAUCUGGGCAGUGAAUGGGGUUGGCCUACAGAGUGAUGCCUACCACGCUGAACUGGUCCUGGAGGCAGACUCUACACUGUGGCUGGUGAGGAGGUGCCAGGCCUACAACUGUGCGGGACACUGUGUCUGUGCUGUGCAGGGAGGAGCCACAUCUAUCACUGUCGUCGACACUAUCGACCUCUCGUUAACACCUGACGUUGCUGACGUUGAUGUUUCUCCUUUCAACACCUACAUAGCGGCAAUCUGGUCUGUUACGCCCGGUCUCCAAGUAACACGCUAUGAAUACAGUAUAGGGGAGAGCGAUGGAGAUGAACCAGAAGGAGUUUUUAAUACAACAACUGGGAGGGUUUGGAUGGACGCUGGUCAACAAACAUCAGCUGUCAUAUCAUUGGAAGCAGACAAGGUUCUGACACCUGGAAUAAACUACUCCUUUUUCGUAAAGGCGUGGUAUGAUAACGUAACUUACAGCAUCUUCAAGUCAGAUGGCGUCACCUUUGAUACAACGCCUCCUGUAACUACUAACAAAUCAGGAAGAACUGUGACGGAACUCCGAGACGUUGAGGACUCCAAAGACAGAGACUUCCAGACACAGAACAGCACACUUGACGUCACGUGGUCUGGACAUUUCCUGCCUGGUAUAAGCAGCAUCCAUCGAUACAGGGUCUACAUCAGCACGCACAGAGGAGGUCACAGUAUCCACGAAUCAGGGGACCUGACCUCCACCAGCUAUACAGCGACAGGUCUGAAUUUACGUCCAAACACCGUCUACUACUGCAGUGUCCUGGCUUAUAACAAGGCUGGUCUGGUCAGCUGGGCCUACUCUGAUGGAGUACAGGUGGACGUCAUGCCUCCGGUGGCAGGGAGAGUGAAGGAUGGAGCAGACCUCCACGACCAGGACUACCAGAGUUCAACAUCCGAAAUCUCUGCCUCCUGGUACGGCUUCUCGGACACAUACUACACCAUAGCCAAGUAUUUCUGGUGUGUGGGGACAAUCAACGACACAUCAGAUUGCAGUGUGAUGGGCUGGUUGGAUUUUGGACUGCACACAUCUUUCAGUAGAUCACUUCCAACUCCAUUGUCUGCUGGUACAUUAUGGAACAAAGUGUAUGCUAUAGACGCGGUUGGUCAUGCUUCUGACGUAGCUGUAUCUGAUGGAGUUGUCAUCGACACAUCACCCCCUGAACCUAAGGAUGUAGCAUAUCUUGGAAACAAUCUGGUGAUGAACCCAUCUUUCGAGGUAGACAAAAUAGCUGGUUCAACGAAAUGCAGCCUUGUCAUACCAACAUCAUGGGAAAGUGACACGGCGUCGUGUAUCAAGGUUCAGGCGCCGGAUUCGCCUUUAGCUAAAGAUGGACAUAAGUUUGUGUCCGUAAGUGGAAGCAUCCAACAAACGAUCUCAGGCCUUGAGGUUGGGAGGGAGUACAAGCUGACUCUGCAUGCUGGAUACCCAGAGACUGUUUCCAACACCCACAGAUCAGUUGAUGCAAUAGUUACAAUAGGAAGUGAAGUCUUCAGCUUUACCCUUGACCCUAACCUCUGUAGAGGCACCUGCAGUGUCGGAGAUCACUCAGUCGUCCUCUGGAACAAACACACAUACAGGUUCACAGCCGUAGAUACCAGCAUGGUGCUGAAGAUAUCGUCAUCGUCAAGGAUGAUGGAGUUUGUACUGGACCAUGUAAGUGUCCAGACCGUGGACUAUGUUGCUGGUCCGGACAGUGUGGACACAGAGGAGCAUCUGGUGGUCCACUCUGUGUUCCUGUCACACUGGUCAUCUCUACAUGCUUCCUGGCACUUUGAGGACCUGCAAUCUCCAAUUACACAGUACAAAUGGGCGAUUGGGACAGUUCCAGGUGGCAGUCAACUUCAGAAGUAUACGAAUGUGGGCCGAAAGCGUCAAGGUGUAAUUUCUGGUCUAAAGUUGGUCCACAACACCAAAGUUUACAUCACUGUUAUAGCAACGAAUGCUGCUGGACUGACUAGUGUUUCCCAUGGACAACCCAUCAUUGUAGAUCUGACGCCGCCAAUCUUCCGUCACAUCGGUGAUGGUCCAGGUCCAGAUGAAGAUCAUCAAACAUCAAGUGUGGUUAGCGUCAACUGGAAAGUGACGGAUGAAGAGUCUGGUGUCGACCACUGUGACUGGGCUAUUGGAAGACGCAGACGAAGCGACGACAUCAUGACAUUCCGCACAGUGCCCACAGGAGAGUCCACAGCUGUGAUGGACAUUAGUGAUGCAUUCAACACCUCAUCAAUAACAGUUUACACAACAAUACGAUGUUUCAACAAGGCAGGCUUAGUGGUGGCUGCGACGACGGACGGGGUUGAAAUUGUCAGAGAAAUUAACAAGAUAUCACUAGAAGAAUUGAGUGUCUUGAGUGGGACCCAGACUGAAUCCAUCUCCUCUGACAGAGGGAUGUGUCAUCAGGACCAGAACACAGUCAGGCUCCACUGGAGCCAGGCCGACCGACAGCUGAGGUCCACAGUGGUUUCAGUUGAGGGUAAACUGCGUACCUACCAGGGUGAUAUUCCAAACUACAUGCAUUACACAUAUGCUACAUUUUCCGAUGUAAACUUGGAGAUUGGCUCGACAUACAACGUCUGUGUCGUUCCUGUUGACGUGUUUGGGACGACUGGAGAGAAAUCAACUUCGUACUUUACAGUUCGUCAUGAACCACCAACUGUAUCUGAUUCGGGACGCAUAUCCCUUUCACAAAACAAAACCAAGCUGACCGUGUCGUGGAGGAACAUGUUUAUGUCUCCUUGGAAUGACCUCGACUAUGAAGUGCACAUAGGAACAUUGCUUGGAGGAGCUGAUAUUGUCGACAGAAUGUUGACAAAGAAGGAAGAAAUUGUCAUUCAGCUGAACUCGAGACAAGCUGAAUAUAUCUAUGCUAUGAUAACUGCUAUCGAUGUCUGUGGAGCUUACAUUCAACGUACUCAGAGUUUCACUAUCAAUUAUGACUAGUUAUUUUUAAGACAUUGUAUAGCAUGUUAAGACAUCAGGUACGCUUUGAUACAGUGUCAAUCAUUUGUAUUAAGUAUUGGAAAUGAAACAUGCAGCUGAUUUAAUGAUGUAAAGUACUGAACGAAAUUGUGUAGUUCUGCACAGCACAUAUAGGUGUUUCACAAUGAUUUUUUAGGUUGUUUUCAUGUGUCGCAAUAUAUUGAUGAUACUUGUAUACAUAAUAAAUAUAUAUAUUAAAAUAAUGUUGUAAGUUGAUUUUUUUAAGAUUGUGAAGAGCA